AUGGGCAAAUCUUGUUCGGUUGACAAAUGCUGCAUCAUGCAUUCAACUAUGCUGCUUUUUGGGUUGCUGAUGGCUAUCUUCAAAACCACAGGUGCUGAAGUAGGUGUUUGUUACGGAAUGAUGGCUAAAGACUUGCCACCAAGUGCAGAAGUUAUAGACCUCUACCAACAAAAAAACAUCCAAAGAAUGCGACUCUAUGGUCCGGAUGAAGCUGCUCUCCAAGCCCUCGGGGUUACCAACAUCAAGCUCUUGUUAGAUGUUCCCAAUCAGAAGCUUGAAAGCGUUGCUACCAGUCAAGGCAAUGCGGAUCAAUGGGUCCAAGACAACGUCAAGAAAUACAGCAGCGUUAAUUUUCAAUACAUUGCUGUUGGGAAUGAAGUAAAGCCUUCGGAUUCAUUUGCACAAUUCCUUUUUCCAGCGAUGCAGAACAUUCGUAAUGCAAUUGUUGGAGCAGGUCUAGGGAACCAGAUCAAAGUUUCAACGGCUACGUUUUUUGGUGCACUUGAAGUAUCUUACCCUCCAUCGCACGGCAAAUUCUUUUCUGAAUACCAACAACUUCUUGGGCCUGUCAUAAACUUCCUGAGGGAUAACCAAGCUCCAUUACUUGUUAACAUAUACCCAUACAUUAGCCACAUUGAAAACCCUGGAGAGGUUCAUCUUGACUAUGCUCUCUUUACAGCUCCAUCCAUCGUAGUGAAUGAUGAUCGAUUGCAUUACCAGAACCUUUUCGACGCGAUGCUAGAUGCCUUUUACUCAGCCCUUGAGAAGGCUGGGGAGGGAUCUUUGGACAUUGUUGUUUCAGAAAGUGGUUGGCCAUCAGAUGGUGGACAGGACGCGAGUGUUGAUAAUGCAAUGACUUAUAACACAAAGUUGGUUCAACAUGUGAAUCAGGGGACUCCAAAGAAACCUGGAAAGCCUAUAGAAACUUACUUGUUUGCCAUGUUUGAUGAAAGUGAUAAAGAACCGGCAUUUGAGAAACAUUGGGGGCUGUUUUUCCCAAAUAAACAGGAGAAAUACUCAAUUAGCUUCAAUUAAGCCGGUAAAGCCAUUUCUCCUAGGUUUUAAUUAGUAAACUAAACUGAUACCAUUGUCAUCUCCUCUUAAUAAAGGUGUU